CUUCCUGGUCACCAACAUCCUCCAGCCAUGGGACAGCACCUGGUAUUCGGAUGGUAUAGAGUACCUGGUAGAGCUCGUCCCGGAACGGUAUGUUGCCGACUCUGGAUCUGUUGUACGGCGACGACGGGCACUUUGAGGUGUAGAUGCUGAGGAAUCCCCGCUCCACUCGGGCAUCUCCGUGCCCGAUCGGCUGCAAUUUGUUCUGCGUGUUCUCGUACCACUCCGUCGGCGUCACCGUCCCCCGCCACGCCACCGCAAUGUCCCUCCGCCCGAUCCGCCGCGUCUCCUCGUCGUCGCUCACGGCCACGAAUCCGAUCCAAUUCGAGUUCUUGCUCCAUCUGUUGACCCGUCGCUGGGGAUUUCUCUGGGAUUGCUUGUUUAAUUUUGGGACUCUAGGGAUGAGCUUUGAAGAUGAGAAGGAAAAGGUUGAUGUUUCAGACAUAGAAGACAGAGAGAGUGAGCCGGAUGAUGCUCAACCUGACUCUAAUCCUCUCUCAUGCGCCAUCAAGGUCAAUGCUAAAAGUGAAUAUGAGGAAAAAGAGGUGGAGGAUGAGCCCAUGCAAGGAUUUGGGAGCAAUUCGGAUGAACACCAGGAGCAUGGGCGAGAGGGCAUGGGGCGAGAGGAGGGAGCCAAAACCCUAGACUUGUGUGCGUUUCUGCUCUCAGGCGGUGUGCAACGCCGUGUUCCUUGUGUUCUUUUUUUGCCGAACAGUCUCCUCCUCUUCAACGGAAGAUCUGUUCAAGUUGCAG